AUGAGACGCUCUGUUGUUGCUCUUUCCUCUCGUUUCGCUUCUUCCCACUUGAAGCCUUUUACCUCAUCAACACAUUCAUCAUCAUUGAAUGUUCUUCUAUGCAACACUGCUUCCAUUCAAAGAAAUUUAUUUACCGCUACACCAUACGUGAGAGGUCCACCUCCAAUGGAUUUGAUUAAACAAUUGAGAGUUGAAACUGAUGCUCCUCUCGGACAAUGUAGAAAAGCUUUGGAAGAGAGUGGAAAUGAUAUUUCAAAGGCAAAAGAAUGGCUUAGACAAAAGGGACUUCAAACAGCAGCAAAGAAGAGUUCAAGAACUACUCAGGAAGGCGUCAUUGGCUUGCAACAAUUAGGCAAUGAGAAAUGUGUCUUAUUGGAAGUGAACAGUGAAACUGAUUUUGUGAUAAAUUCCGAUAAAUUCAAGGAGGUCAUCGAUGAAUGUUUGAAUCAGUUGGUUAAAUUCAACCCUUCUCAAACUGAGUUAUCAGUCGAACAAAACGAACAAGCAUUUGAGAAUGAAAUUGUUGCAAAUUCUGCAAUUUUUGGAGGCAAUGGCUCCAUGAAAGAGAAAUUUAAUGAACUUGUGGCUGUUUUACGUGAAAAUGUAAAACCAAGAAGGAUCAAAUACAUGAUUAAUACCAACACGAGUGAACAUCAAUUAGUGGGAUAUCUUCACAAUAGCAAGGGAGAGAAAAUGGGUGGAGUUGGAUCGUUUGUCAUUGUUAAAGCUGCCCCAGGAUCCAGCAAGACUCCAGAACAAUUGCAAAGUCUUGGAAGACAAAUUGCCAUGCACAUUUGUGGAAUGGGUCCAAAUUAUUUAACAAAGGAGCAAGUUCCAGCAGAAGUCAUUCAACACGAGCGUGAAUUAUUGUUGAAGAGACUUGAAGAACAGCAAGCUGAAGAAAAACAAAAAGCUGAGCAAGAAGGAAAAGAAUACAAACCAAAACCACAAGAUAUUCUCAACAAGAUGAUUGAGGGUCAAUUGAAUAAGCAAUUCCUUUCAGAUCAUGUUCUUUUACUUCAACCUUGGGUUUUAGACCAAAAGAUGUCUGUUCAACAAUUCUGCAAGGAUUCUGGUGUUGAAAUUGUUGAUUUUAUAAGAAUGAAGGUUGGUGAAGGAAUGCAAUACAAACCAAAGAAGAGCUUUGCUGAAGAAGUUGCUGAACAAGUGAAAGCAUAA